AUGGCCACCACAUCCACCGUCCACCGGCGCCGCCGGCGGUCCUCCUCGCUCGCCGCUUCCGCCGUCAGCGCCGCCAGGACGAUUGAGCACUCGGUCGAGGACACGCUCCUGCAGCUCUGGGACGACCUCCCCGCGUGGCGCCGCGACAACGCCUACAUCCUCGGCGGCUACCGCCAGAUCCGGGGCUCCUACGCCCACGCCGCGCGCUCGCUGCUCUACCUGCACAACGAGUCGGUCAACAUCUGGACGCACCUGCUGGGCGCCGUCGUCGCCGUCAUCGCGGGCGCGAGCUACGUCCUGCGCGUCGUCGUCGCGCCCCGCUACUACGAGUCGGCCGACGCCGCCGACGUGGCCGUCUUUGCCUGCUUCUUUGGCGGCGCCGUCGUCUGUCUCGGCAUGAGCGCCACCUUUCACGCCGUGCUCGAUCACAGCCAGGCUGUCGCCAAAUGGGGCAACAAGCUCGACUAUACGGGCAUUGUCGCCCUCAUUGUCGGGAGCUAUGUGCCUGCGCUGUACUAUGGCUUCUAUUGCGAGCCUUUGCUGUUCUGGCUCUAUCUCUACGUUAUGUGCGCUUUGGGUGCCGGCUGCGCGACCGUCUCCUGGGUCGAGCGCUUCCGUACGUCGGAAUGGCGUCCGUACCGUGCCGCCAUGUUUAUCAGUCUAGGCGUCUCUGGCGUCGUGCCCAUAGUCCAUGGCAUCCGCCGCCACGGCUACCAGUACUAUGAGCAUCGCAUGGGCUUGAGCUGGGUCAUUCUCCAGGGCGCCAUGUACAUCUUUGGUGCUGCACGCUGGCCAGAAAGGAGCUUUCCAGGCAGAUUCGACAUUUGGGGCAGUUCGCAUCAAAUCUUUCACGUCUUUGUGCUUCUCGCUGCAGCCACACACUUUUACGGCAUGGCCAAGGCAUUCGACUACCAUCACACAGCCAAAGGUUCACAAUGUCCAUAA